AUGCAACCGGAACGCAGGGGGCAGAGCCUGGGACCCCCCAGGGCCGAGAUCAAGGCUGUCGUCGUGGGAGACGGGGGCUGCGGGAAGACGUCUCUGCUGGUGGCCUUCGCCAGGGGGGACUUCCCCAAGGUCUACGUCCCCACCGUGUUUGAGAAGUACACGGCCACCCUCCAGGCUGGCGGCAAGCCCGUGACAGUCCACCUCUGGGACACGGCAGGACAGGAAGACUAUGACAGGCUCCGCCCGCUGUCCUACUCUGACGCCAACGUCGUCCUCAUCUGCUUCGAUGUCACCAGCCCCAACAGCUACGACAACAUCCUAACGAAGUGGUACCCGGAGGUGAACCACUUCUGCAAGGGUGUCCCGGUGCUGGUGGUGGGCUGCAAGACCGACCUGCGGCAGGACCCGGAGGUCCGGCAGAAGCUGAAGGAGGGGCGUUUGGAGCCCAUCUCCCGCCAGCAGGGAGAAGCCAUGGCCCGGCAGGUCCACGCCGUGUCCUACCUGGAAUGCUCAGCCAGGUACCAGGAGAACGUCGGGGCCAUCUUCGUGGCGGCCUGCGGGGCCGCGCUCAGCGCCGCUCGCCGGAGCCAGCGCAGGAGGCGAACCUGGAGGAGCUGCGUGCUCUGCUGA